AUGUUUGCCAAUGUUCACAUGGGAACUUAUAUUGUUAAUUAUGAUUAUAUAGCAAAAUCAUCGGAUGAAUUAACAAUACGAAAAGGAGAUAUAAUAACUGAUGUUUUAUCAUCAGAAGAUGGAUGGUUAAAAGGAGAAUGUCAAGGAAAGAUUGGUUUUUUCCCAGAUAAUUAUGUUACAUUAAUAAACAAAGAGCAAACGAAAAAUCGAACAUUUAUACCAAUAUCAACUGGAAAUAAAGAUGAAAUUAUACGAAAACGAUCAUUUAUAAAUAAUCAAAUUCCUUCUCAAAAUAGUACAUCAUUUCAAGUACGAGCUGUUUAUACAUAUCUACCAAUUCAUGAUGAUGAAUUAUCUAUUAAACCAAAUGAUAUUAUUAAUGUUACUCGAUUAAUUGAAAAAGGUUGGUAUGAAGGUAUACUUGAUGGUAAACGUGGUUUAUUUCCAUCGAAUUAUGUUAUACGUAUUAAUGAAAAUAAAACUAGAAUAAAUCAAGCAAUUAAACAGAAAUCUAUUAAUGGUCAUAGUACAUCUGUUACAGAUGAUGUAUCAAAGAAAACAUCUUUAAUAAAAGCUCGUGUUUUAUAUGAUUAUAAGGCAGAAGCUAAAGAUGAAUUAACAUUAACGACUAAUGAUAUUGUUACUAUACUUGAUAAAAAUCUUGAUGAUGAAGGAUGGUGGAAGGGUGAAUUAAAUGGACAAAUUGGAGUUUUUCCUGAUAAUUAUGUUGAAGAAAUUUCUGAAUUCACGGAUUUAAAACAUCGACCAAAUACAUCUGAAAUUGGAGCUAAACAUCCUUCUAAAACAUUAGCAAAAAGAAAAUCAACUAAUGACUAUUCAUCUCAUAAUCUUUCUAAUGAACUUCAUCAUACUACAAAAUCAACAUCAAUUAAUAUUGAAGAAGAAGAUAAUUUAUCACGAAAUCAUAAUAACCAAAUCAAGAAUUUAGAUUCUCAAGAAAAAUUUAAUAAUAUUGAUAAACAAACAUCAAUGUUACCAAAUCGACCACAAUUAUCAAUAGCAAGAAAAAAUGAAAAUAGAAUAAGUAAAACAACUGGUUCACUUGAUGAAACAAAUCGUUCACAAUCAAUUGAUGUAAAAGUUAAUUAUUUUAAGAUUUAG